AUGGGCAAAGAAAAAAGUCGGAAACACACGAACGGCGAAGCCAAGCAGAAAAAACGAAAACUGAGCCACGACGCCGAAGACGGUACAGUCGAUACAUCCAAACCGACAGCCGUCUUCCAGCCAUCAGGGGGCCGGUCGCAUACUCUGUCAAUCGCUCUUCCAGGCAGCGUAAUCGCCAACGCCAAAUCUCACGAACAAAAGACGUUCCUGGCAGGCCAAAUCGCUCGGGCUCUGGCCGUCUUUUGCGUUGACGAGGUCGUCAUCUUCGACGAUGAAGACGCCGCCACGCAGCGCCAACGGCCGGAGGUCGGAGACAGCGAGUACACUGCAUUUUCGCACCCGGACCACUUCCUAUCACACCUUCUCUCGUAUCUCGAAACACCACCACACUUGCGCAAGACCUUGUUCCCCAUGCACCCCAACUUGCGCACGGCGGGGACGCUGCCCAGUCUCGACAUGCCUCACCACCUGCGCGCGAAUGAAUGGUGUGAGUACCGCGAAGGCGUCACGGGUCAUUCGACGAAGACGGCCAACGGCAGUGGAACGCUCGUCGACGUAGGACUUCCAGAGUACAUUGAGGUUUCCGAGGAGAUCCCACCCGGUACUCGAGUCACACUGCGUCUACCCGAUCAGCAGUCCACGACAGCCGAGACGGUUGCGCCGAGCGCUCCGAGAGAAGAAAAGGGGUACUAUUGGGGCUACGCGGUGCGGGAGUGCAGUAGCCUUUCGAAGGUGUUUACGGAUUGUCCGUUUGACGGAGGUUACGAUGUCUCGAUCGGCACGUCUGAGCGAGGAGAGCCGUUGAGCCAUGUGCUGACCACCGAGGCCUUCACGAACCCGACGUACAAUCACGUCCUUGUCGUCUUUGGUGGGGUCGCUGGUCUAGAGAAAGCCGCGAGGAGCGAUCCCCAGCUCCAGACGGUGGGUGUCGCCGAGAACAACGUCAAUAAUCUGUUUGAUGCCUGGGUGAAUGUGCUGCCUGGUCAGGGCAGUCGAACCAUCAGAACGGAAGAGGCAGUGUGGCUAGGCUUGAUGGGCCUGAGACCGUUCACGGAGAAACUGAGGUAA